AUGCGACGACGUGCGACUUGUUUCUGCUUUGUUCCUCCCCAAUUCCCAAGUUUCCGGACGGGCUGUUUCUCUGUUGUCUUUUCCUUCAUAUGCCAUCUGGGUCGAAAGGCGUCAUGGCGGGGGGUUCCUUACGAUAGUGCAAUGCUCACUCUCUACCUACUGAAACUUGGUGUAGGUUCUCCCAUACUGAAGUAUCAUUUUGUACAAACGCACUGUAGCACAAAGUCUAUCCCAAUGAAACGUACGUAA